AUGAUUGAUGCGCCAGCUGGCACUGGCAAGACGUACACGGAGAGCAUACUGUGCGCCCGUCUCAGGUCCAUGAGCAAAUUAGUUUUGUGUGUAGCCAGUACCGGAAUUGCCGGACUUCAAUUGCCAGGAGGAUGGACAGCGCACUCUAUGUUUAAGCUUCCGCUGGAAGAGAAAAACGUCAGUGGAGCAAUGUGUAAUAUCUCUGCAGAAUCACAACGAGCGGAAGUGCUACGUAAAUGCGACCUUAUUGUUUGGGAUGAGAUUCCAAUGAGUCACCGUUUUUCCGUUGAAGCGCUCAACCUUACACUGCAAGACCUAAUGGGUAAUGACAACAUAAUGGGAGGAAAAACCGUACUCCUCAGCGGCGAUCUACGUCAAAUAGGUCCUGUUGUCAAGCAUGGUGGACCAGCUGAGACUAUUGAUGCGUCGCUCAUAUCCAGCCCGCUUUGGCCUCAUGUACAACGCAUGCGACUAACAAUUUCACAGCGAACACAAGCCCACACAACGACAGACGACGGUAUCGAUGCAGUGCCGUUAGCAUAUAUUCAUGAAGUUCCGGACAGCCCGAAAGAUCAGUUUUUCAUCGACAACACGGACUCAUUCGAAGAACUAAUUGACUUUGUUUACCAAGAUAUUCUCACCGCCGACCCUACCGACUUCAAGGCGAGAGCAAUUUGUCUUGACCCUCACGAUAAUAACCUUGACUUCGUUGCUACGGCUGAUCUCAACGCAAUCGACGUUUCAGGCGUGCCGCCACAUGCAUUGGAGUUGAAGUUAAACUGCAUGGUCAUGAUAACACGGAACCUCAAUUUCAAGCAGGGUUUGGUCAACGGUCAAAAGGCUAUAGUGCGUGGUUACUCAACACGGAUUGUGCAUGUAGAACUCCUUGAUGGACUGUCCUCUCUAGUUCUGAUACCGCGUAUACGUCUUAAUGCAAAAGUUGGGCGGAACGGGAUCGCUUUCUCGAGGUUGCAGCUGCCGCUUCGCGUUUGCUAUGCCCUAACGAUCAACAAGAGUCAAGGUCAAACUCUGUCCAAAAUCGGGCUUGACUUGCGGUCAGACGUUUUCACGCAUGGGCAACUCUACGUAGCACUCAGCAGGGCGCAGAAGCGAUCGUCGAUUAUGUGCCUCACAUUACCCGCGAGGUUGCGUGGUUCCCUAAACCGUACCGCAUUUGUUGCCAACAUUACCUUUCCAGCUUUCGUUAACGCUGCAACUGACACCAUCACUGACUCACCGCCUCUACCACCGCAAUAUAUCGACUUCAUUGGAUUCACACAUGCGACGAACGACCAGGUCCCCAACAGCGACGAAGGACAACUUCAAGAGGACGACAACCACGACGAUGAACAGACCAUGUCACGACACCCCAACCAGUGCGCUGAUGGCGGCUGGAUUGAAGCCAAAGGGCUUUCGCGAUAGCUCCACACAUUACGUAGAGUGUAGCGGUUCGUGUACCGAAGACAGUACUGGGCGUGCGCUUCCUGUAGCGUUGAGGAUUGGGCGUAUUGGUUCUUUUGCUCUCUAGUGCGAAUUCGUCGUGUCGGGUUUACAUGGAGGUGUCGUGUCGGAAAAACUUGUGGGUAGCGCGUUCGCGGGCUAUGGCAUUAGUUACUGCAGCGACAGUUGCCAUUCGUGGGUGUCGUGUGUCGGAUUCUUCUGGGCGACGCAAGCGCAUGUUCAUGAGUGCUGGCAUUGGUAUUCGCAGGUGUCGUAACGGAUUUGACUAGUGGGAGACCUAGCGCAUGUUCAUGGGUGUUCGCAUGGCUUCAUGUGGUGUUGGCAGUCAUGGAUGGUUACUGCAGCCGUUGGUAUUAGCAUGAAUAAUGACCGCGAACUAGGAACAAUACGGCGGGCGUUGCCCCCUGACAUUCCUUCUGGCAUCACACACCAUCUAAAUCCUGCCUACACCACACAAGCGUAUACACACACUUACUUCCCAUUCAUCUUGGGAAGCGCUCACAGUGGGCGUGGCGGCGUAAGCGCCGUAAAACCUUGUAACAGUAUGUAUCGUUCAGUGCGUCAGUCGAAAAUUAUUCAUUCACCAAGUCGCUGCCUUCUCGUUCGAACGGCUGCCCGAGAUGUCCUGCGUAAAACACAGCACUAGUUAUUGAAGUUUUCCAAGGUUACACCACGCGGAAACGCAACCUUCCGGUUUGGUGGCGAAGCAAGGGGAAGUUCGAUUGUCUGAACGAGCGUGCGCCAGACACUGUGCCAGACACCUGCGCCAGACACCAUGGCACCUAUUUCGACCCCACGAACAAUGCUGCCUGACUUCUGCGUCCUGCCAAGAAAAGGCAUACUGAUUUCGGCCGUGCCAUACUGCCAGGCGUACAAUCGCAAGCACGACCGGGAAGGCGCAUUCAUCAUCACACCGGAGCGGCACAUCGCACCUUCCUCGUCUUGUCCUUCCCUCUUUCUCUCGCUCGCUCGCUCGCUCGCUAUCUCUGUCUCUCUCUCUCUUUCACACGCACACAAACCACUCGGAACAAUUUCUUCACAUGUGACCACGCCGAGUUGCACUGUGCAUAAACGUUUGAUAGACGGGGUGCGUUAUUUGAACGAGUUACAAAUACACAAACACACACAGCAGUCGUACAGCAGCAGUCCAUCACUACGAAGCGUUUGCUGGCGUACGCCGCCAAGCUGACGGUAUGGCAUCUACUCUCCGCAUGUUUGUGCAGGAAAUAUUUUUGGAAAGAGGGAAAGUUCUAUUGCAUGGAUCCCAAGAUCCAGAUGGAUGCGGGAAGCUUCUAUUGAAUGGAUCCCAAGAUCCAAGCGUGGGUGCUGAAAGCACGACUCAGUUGGAAUGAGUUGUUGAGUAGCACCCCGGUCAUCCCACACGCUUAUCACCUGUCAUCACCCAAGAACGAAGUGAGCAAUCAAAGUAGAGCUGUGAUUCUCCACAACUGGGCGUGCGACAAGAUGGCACUUGUGACUUGAUUGGCGUGGAAACACCGGAAUUUGAUUUUGUAUGGCGGCGGCGCCACUGAAUCAUCACUUCCUUCCGCAGUC